AUGGCAGAGUUAUCGAAUUUGAGUCAAGGUGGUAGCUUUGUCUUUCUAGGGAGGAUUCGUAGUCGAACGGCGGAUUUCGACAAAUUGCGCCAAGCCCAAGUAGACCGAACUGCUCUAGAAACAAACCUUUUACUAAUCAGAUUGGAAAAGCUUUCAAACAUUCCUGAUAAUCUCGAUAAUUCCCAACGGCAUGUUCUUGAACAAAGUAUAGUGCCGUGGAUUAUGGCUAAAGUCAGUCUUUGUCCUCGCUGCGGGGCUUCAUUUGGUUUGGGAUGGUCAAAGUACUCUACCUCUGGAGAUUCAACGGCCACUGCCACCUCCCACUCUUUCCUCGUUACUCCCCCAACCUCCCUCUCCCGUCGUGCACGAGAGGGUCUGCAUUUUGCCUCUAGAUUUGUCUCUACAUUGAUUGAUAAUGAUCCUGUCUAUCGUAGGAUGCACCACUGUCGUCUGUGUGGUCAUAUAAUCUGCGCAGACUGCUCUUUUUUCCUCUCCAAAGAGGAGAUUUCGCACGUCAUAAAAGCUUGCAAUUGGGCCAAAAGUGAAUCCCUAGCAAUCAAUGCUGUUUCGUCUGAAAAUAUCCCGUCUUUGGGAGGGGAGAUUCUCAACUGCAAGCCUCCUUUUCUUUCGAGGUCGACUUCUCUAACCAGUCUGGAUAGCUCUGUUCCGAAGCGAACAGAAGAGGUUCCUAAAUUACGCAUUUGCGAAGUAUGUAAGUUGGUUUUGGAAGGGAAGAUACAACAGAUUGAGGAGGGUAAUGCAACACCACUAGGAUUGGAAGAGUUUCAGGCGCUGAAACAAGCAAUGGCGAAGGUGACUGAAAAGAUGCCUUUAUUUUCUUCAAUGGCAAAUAGCCUAAGUUUAGGUGAGGAGAAGUACAUACUAGACAUAGCCAAGUCUCUGCGUUUGGAACUACUCCAAAAUCUGCAGAAGGUUGACGAGAUAGGAAAGGUGAUCGCCAGUUUGGAUGUCUCAACGAGCAGAUCAGCAGCCACUCAGGCACGCCUUAACCGUACAAUAGGUCAGUUCGCGCGGCGCUUUGUGCGGAACAAUCUAUCUUCGCUGCGGAUUCUUCCUAGCGAGAAGGAGCACCGUCAGUUGGCGCAAAAACGCACCACUGAUUUGGAGUCCAAACGACAGGAGUCAGCAGCCCUUGUCUCAAAGAAAGCAGAUACCGUGUCGAGGAAACCGGAGAAAUUGCUUCCACCUCCAAAAAGGGGUCAGGUAGUUCUUUUUGCACGCGACGAUCAUAAGAUGAUUAUGAUCUUGUAA